CCAGUGGGGAUAGAUUUUGCCUUUUUCACCUCAUUCUGCAAUGUAAUGUGCACAGGCCUCCUCAGGUUUCAAGACUGAAUGUGAAAAGGAAGUGCUGAAUAAGCACAUUCCCAAGACCUAAGGACAACCAGGGGAGACCACCCUGCACAUAGUGAGUAAAUAAAACCAGUGAGGAGUUGUUGCUUAUGAAUGUAGUGGUUGGGACAAAAGAUUUAGUUUUCCAUGCAGUUGACUUACUGUGAGUAAUUUGUUCAUUUGGUCAUGAUAAAUGAUAUGAAUGAAUCCUGAAAAUGUUUAUAAUGUUAUAAAUUUCAAAGGCCAGAUACCAAGUAAUCUGUGCACACUGAUAAUUAUAUCUGUGGUAAAGAUUUAUGCAUAUGGACAAGGACUAAAAUAGAAGAGAUAAAUGAACUAUUUAUAUAUUUUUGUGGCAGAAUCUGUGUGUUUUUUCCCCCUCACCUAUUUAAUUAAAUAUCGUUAUAGUAAUUAUUUGAUAUUUAGAAUAAGCAGUGGUAAAACAAAAUGAAUGGUAUUGUGGGACCGAAGUCUAUGACUCAUUUAUAGUAUGUUCUUUCAUAGCACACUCCUUCGUUGCGGUUAGAGUGUAAAUUGUCCAGAGGGCAUUUUGGAAAGAUGUAUGCGAAACCUUAAAAAAGUACGUAUCAAACCAAAUCCGUUGCCGUUGAGUCAGUACCGACUCAUAGUGAACCUAUAGGACAGAGUAGAACUGCCCAUUGGGGUUUCAGGGCUGUAAUCUUUCCGGGAACAGAUUACCACGUCUUUCUUCCGAGGGACAGCUGAUGGAUUUGAACUGCUGAUGUUUCAGUUAGCAGCUGAGUGCUUAACCACUGCACCAGCAGGGCUCCAGAAAGCACAUACUGACCUCAAAUGUUCACUUCUAGCAUUGUAAUCAUAAAAGAAUUAGGAUGGUAACAGCUAGACUUCACUGUGCACAUACUGAGAACCAGGCUCUGCAUUAAGGACUUUGUGCACAUUAUUUAAUCCUCACAAUCCUAAGGUAGGUACUUUUACUCUACCUGUUUUACAGAUGAGGAGCUCUGGUGGUACAAUAGUUAAGUGCUUGGCUGCUAACCAAAAGGUUGCCAGUUCAAACCCACCAACUGCUCCAAAGAUUACAGCCUAGGAAACCUUAUGAGACAGCCCUACUCUGUUAUAUGGGGUCACUUUGGGUUGGAAUUGACCUGACAGCAAACAGCAUUUUAUAGAUGAGAAGGUACAAUGAGGGUGGCUGAGUUGCCCAAAGUUAUACAGACUCAAAUCCAUAUGCAUAUGCCAGAAGCCAACAUCCUAAGCACCACCUCAUACUCUCCAAACUAGUAUGUCAUCAUGCUGUUAUUUACCACUGUUUCCCAAACCGUGCCCCCCCGCCCCACACCCCGGCACACCAAUGGUACCCUAGGAUCAGAUACUUAAAGCUUGAUCAACACCAUGUAAAGGAACCAGUCCACAGACUGUUCCCAGUCCACAAAACAAUGAUGAGCUUGCCAAUACACUGCUUCCUCGUCAGGAAAGACUGCUUCAGAAUAAAAUCAGCUGAGCUAAUAAAAGGGGUCUUGGUGGAUUUACAAGGAGUCCUGGUGGCACACCAGGUUAACAAGCGCUCACCUGUUAAGUGAAAGGACGGCUGUUGGAACCCACCAGCUACUCCACAGGAGAAAGAUGUGGCAGUCCACUUCUGUAUAGAUGAUAGCCCUGGAAACCCUAUGGGGUGGUUCUACUCUGUCCUAUAGGGUUGUGAUGAGUCAGAAUCAAGGGCAAUGAAUUUGGUUUUAUGCGCAGUGGAUUACUUUCUGAGGCAAGCUCAUGAGUCCAUCUUGGACUGAUAACAGGUGGCUUAUGGGUAGAUACUGGUUCACAGACCACACCCUAAGUAUUACUGCUAUGGAUAAUUUUAGGUGUGUGUACAUGGAAACCACUAUUUAUAUACUCAUUUCAAGGUGCAUCACAAAAGAAAUAGCUUGCAAGUAGACUCCUGACUUCAUAGAUAACUGCUUAGGAUAUACUAAUAGGAAAAAAGUAGGUCGAAUUAAAACACUAAAUAGUCUGUGUGGUUCAGAGAAUUGAUGAAAAUGAUGACGGUCUGUGGGGUUUAGUGAAAUCUAGGAAGUGCUGCUUUUAAAUAUUAUAUACUUAGGAACUAACCUAAUUGUCUGUUGUCUGGUUGCCAUUGUGUGCUACCAAGUCAAUUCUGACUCAUAGCAGCCCUGUAAGACACAGCAGAGCUGCCCCAUAGGAUUUCCAAGGAAUGGUUGAUAGACUCAAACUGCUGACCUUUUGGUUAGCAGCCUGAGCUCUUAACCACUUUGCCACCAGGGCUUCCCUAAUUGUCUAGCAAUGUGCAGUUGACGAGACAUUCUAUGGUAAAGAGACUGAAAUACAACACAGCCAUUAAAAAUGAAGCCAGGCUUCUAUUUGAUGAUCUGGAGGCGCUCUUCUGUCCAGGGAGAUGAGAAAGCUCUAAGCCACUUCAGGAGGCACUUCAGACUGCAGUGGAAGUUGACAGUUGUUCCUUUGAGGAGUGGAAUAUCCAUUGUGCCCAGUGUCCCCAGGAGCCCUAGUGGCACAAAAAGUUAAAGUGCUCACUGCUAACUGAAAGUCUGUCAUUGGAACCCCCCCAGCGGCCCCACGGGAGAAAUACCUGGCGAUCUGCUCCCAUAAAGAUUACAACCAAGAAAGCCCUAUGAGACAGCUCUACUCUGUCACAUGGGGUCACUAUGAGUUGAAAUCUACUCAAGGGCCCCUAACAACAACAAUGGCAAGGAUGGAAAAUCUAAACAUUCUAUUCAGCAGGUUGGUUCUUUGGGGGCUCCUUUACACCUUUGUCCUGCAAACCAUUUAUAGAACCUAAGCAGCAGUUAUUUAUUGAAGACCUCCUGUGUACAGCACCUUAUAUCCUCAAAUAUCCCCUACAUGUAGGGAUUGCCCCCAUUUGAGCAUGAAGAAACAAGCCCAGUGUGUGUCACUUGUCCCAUACCACUCAGCUUAUAAGGCGGCUUUAUUAUUUUUUGGCCAUUACACCCCUCCCAGUUUCUCACCACCAACCUACGCUAUGAGUUGUCAUCCAAAACCCUAGCAGGUUCAAGUGAUAUUGACGCUGAUACAGAGGAUAAAGGACAUAAUAUAAAAAAAAAAAAAAAAUUUUUUUUUUUAUAGGGCAUAUUAAGUAGGAUAAAACCCAAACGCCAAACCCACUGCCGCCCAGUCUAUUCUGACUCAUAGUGACCCUAUAGGACAGAGUAAAACUGCCCCAUAGGGUUUCCAAGGCUGUAAAUCUUUAAGAAGCGGAUUGCCACAUCUUUCUCCAACGAUAAAAUUCGAGUGGAUUCUGACUCAGCGACCCCAUAGAACAGUUUGGAACUGUCCCAUAGGGUUUCCAAGGAGCCGCUGGUGGAUUCAAACUGCUGACCUUUUGGUUAGCAGCCAAACACUUAACCACUGCACCACCAGGGCUUCAGGUUGGCAGACUAAUGACCCCCGCCCCCCCCAAAAAAGUCCACAAGCCAAGGAAUGUCAACAGCCUCCAGAAGGUAGAAAUACAGACACGGAAACAUUCUCCCUUAGAGCCUCCACAAGGAGCACAGCCCUGCCAACACCUUUACUUGUGCCCAGUAAGACUCACUUUGGACACAUCAGACCUCCAGAACUAUAAGAUAGUAAAUUGGUGCUCACCAGCUGAAAGUAUGUUUGAGUUCAAGCCACUGAGUUUGUGGUGAUGUGUUACAGCAGCUAUAGAAGACAAUACAGAGGCCACAUUCACUUGGAUUCCUCCAACCACUUGCCCAUGGGGUGCCUGCAGGAGAGGGAGUGAGCGCAUGAGACAGCUGCAUGAAAGCGAAGUGGUGAUCAGAGUACGAAUGCUGCCAAUGCAGAUUUCAGAGCAGGGGCCUUCUGAGUACUGAAAAUCCCCAGGACCUAUAGAGGUCACUAUCUGAGGAGAGAUGACAACAUCAGGGAACAGUUUAAAAAAAAACAACCGCCUGUUCUGCUCAUUGCGCUCCCUUUGUGGCUGGGGGAGUGGUGGAAGGUGAGCAGUUGUGGACAUCAGACAUUGGGCUUUGGGUAAAGGAUAGCUGAUGGGACACCUCCACUUCCUUCUGCACCAUCUGGAAACUUCACCAAUAUAAGAAAAGAACAAUUUUUUUUUUUUCAAGGCCUAAACCCAGAGGGUAAAGAGAAUGGGAGGAGAAAAAGGCAAUCAUUGGAAAGCAGCUGAACUACUGGUAAUGGAGAUAGCAGCCCCAAGAGAGGAAACUGGAGGUAGUGAAGAUGAAGGCUGGGAGGCAGCCACCUCUGCCUCCAGAACCCCAAAAACCAGGAGUUGGAAGGACUGAGUACCCUAACAAGGGGCUGAACUAGAAGGAUCAGCUGAAAGUCUGCAUACAGCUGGUUGACAGAUUCUCCUCCACCCCAGCAGAAGGUUGGAAUUCACCCGAAAGAGUGAACCAGGGGAACUCCAGGUGGCAGAGCAUACAGCUGAGGAUGGGGUCCUGUACAGAAAACAGAGGUUCCGGGAAUGUGUGUGUAAGGAUUGUUAUGGAUUGAAUCGUGUCCCCCUAAAAUAGGUGUUACAAAUCCUAAACCCUGUACCUGUGGUUAUCCCGUUUGGGAGUGGUUGUCUUUAUGUUAAUAAGGCAGUAUUAGUGUAGGGUUGUCUUAAUCUUUUUCGAGCUAUAAAAGAGUUAAGCAAAUGAGCAAGAAAACUCACUAAGGAGCCAGAAGAUACUUCCUUCCAGAGCUGAAAAAGACAGAAAGCCUUCCCCUAGAGUCGGCAUCCUGAAUUCAGACUUCUAGCCCCCUAAACUGUGAGAAAAUAAAUUUGUUUUUUAAAGCCACCCACUUGUGGUAUUUCUAUUAAAGCAGCACUAGAUAACUAACACAAGGAUAUACUCUAAAACAUCAGCUGCCAUCAUCUUCAGCAUCAUCCUCAUCAUCAUCCCUGUCAUUCCCUGGGUUCUACUCUUGAGAUGGACAUUUCUGGGUCCUUUCUUCCUGCUGCUGAUUCUUUUCUGCCAUCCCUGUCCCAAAGACAAGGGAUCAGGUGCUCAUCUGAAUCAGUAGUCUUUGUUUCCUGUUUGAGAGGGAUUUGGUUAGUUUCUUCAUGAAUGACACAGGGACCUGAAUGUCGAUGUUGUGUGUGUGUGUGUGGUGGCACAGGGGCCGGGAUGGGAGUGGGUUUCCACUAGCAUCACUCAGUAUGCACAAACGUCAGCUGUUUGACAACGUUGCCAAAGCCACAAAUCGUGAAACGAAGUCAAAAUUAUCUUUUAGACGAUGACUCUGUCCCUGCUAAAGCCAAGAGAAUGAAAUAAAAUACUUGAACAAAGGUCAGCCGAGAAAAAUUAGAAAAAAAAGUUCACGCUUUUCCAGUAUAACAACAAUAGCCCAUUUUUGAACCCAACGGGAGAAAAUGGCAUCGUUUAUAUUCCCAAUCCAGAUCAAUAAACAGCCAGGAAUAAAUUGAGCAAGCGAUGGGCGCAAACCACAGGAAUCAGGCGUAACAAGUUUUCUGAGAGUCGUAAAGGAAGGCAUGGAACCGGAGGUGCUCCGUGUCCCGAUGGUGGGGGGGGUCGCAGACGGGGCCUCUUCAGAGAAGUGCGCGGCGCCCGCUAAAUCCCCGGCUCCCUGGACACCGAUUCCCGAGGCGUCCUCGCUCCAUUUUCGGAUCUUUGACGCCGUCAGCCUUGGACGCCCGUGUCCGUUGCUGGAGUCGCCAAUGCGGCCCCCUGCCCAGGUUACCCCACCGCCUCUCGGCCCGGCAGACACCAGCGCCGCGUUGCUGCUGGAUGAGAUAGUUCCUGGCUCACUGGACGCAUUUCCGGUGCGCCGCCCCUUCCCCCGUCGCCAUUGUGUCGGCGGCCGUGAUUCACUGAGGUGGCUUCCCAGCGGAAUUCGACGAAUGAGGCUUUUCUGGUCCCCGGGACAGCGGGGCGGACAGCUGGGGCGGAAGGCAGGAGGAGGCGGCGAUGGCGAUGAUGAUGGAGGCCGCGGGGUCUCCGAGGGCACGGCGCGGGCACCUGUGAGCUUCGAGGACGUGGCUGUGACCUUUAGCUGGGAGGAAUGGGGAUGCCUGGAGCCUGCCCAGAGGGCCCUGUACCGUGAUGUGAUGCUGGAGACCUGUGGGCACCUGGUCUUCCUGGGGCUUCUGUUUUCCAAACCAGAUGUGAUCUCCCGGCUGGAGCAAGAUGAUCCAUGGAGGGUGGAGCAUGGACGUCCCCGAGACUGGAAGACUACGCUUGGAAAGAAAGAGCCAGCUUCCGAAGAGGACAUUGCUGGGGAAGAGCUGUCCCACAGCAUGGAAAUGAAAUGCUGCACUUGGGAGGAGGGCCCCUGGUAUGUGUCACUGGGAGAUGGGCAGGAUUGGAGGGACCACCUAGGAAAGUACCAGGAGAACUCUGUGAGUGAAAUGGUUCUCACCUCGAAGAGACUGUUUGCUCAAGGGGAACGCUGGGACUGUGUACUUGGGGGAAGUUAUAGUCUUACUUUAAGCCUUUUACCACAGACAUUACCUAUAGGAACACAUAAGCCUGACUCACAGGUUAAAAGAUUGAAACAGGAUUCGGUUUCCAUUAAUCAUCAGAACAGCUUAACAGAUCAGAAGCCCUGUGAAAAUCAUCAGAGUGCUAGAGCCUUUUCUCAUUUCAUUUACUUGAAUAAAUGUGCGAAAGUUGAAACAGGAAAUAAACCUUGUGAAUGUGCUGUGAGUGGUGAAUCUUUCAACUAUGAUACUUCCCUUCAUUUUCACACUAGAAUUUUUUCAGCAGAGAAUAGCAAUGAAUGUAAGAACUGUGGAAACUUCCUUAACCAUAGCAGGUCUCUGAAUGAACGCAAGCUGAUGCAAUUUGGGGGAAGUCAGUUUGAGUGUGACGAAUGCAGGAAAGUGUGUUCUGAGAGCUCGUGCCUUGAACAAACGGUAGGAAGUAAUUUCGGAGAAGCACUGUUCGGAUGUGGGGAGGGCUGUGAUGCCUUCCACAGGUCCUCAUCUUUUACUGACUGUAACGUCAUUCAGAGUGGAAAGAAGCCAUGUGUGUGUGAUCAGUGUGGAAAAUCUUUCAGCUGUUGCUCCAAGCUUCUUGUACACCAGAGAACGCACACUGGAGAAAAGCCCUAUGAAUGUCAUUGUUGUGGGAAGUUUUUCCGCCAGAGCUAUGACCUCAUUGUACAUCAGAGAACUCAUACUGGAGAGAAGCCCUAUGAAUGUAAUCAGUGUGGGAAAUCUUUCAUUCAGAGUUCUAAACUAAUUAGGCAUCAGCGAACUCACACUGGAGAAAAACCAUAUACAUGUCAUGAAUGUGGAAGAUUCUUCCGGUGGAACUCUAACCUUAUUGUACAUCAAAGAAUUCAUACUGGAGAGAAACCUUAUGAGUGUGCUCAUUGUGGAAAGUCCUUCAGCCAAAGCUCUGACUUCAUCGCCCAUAAAAGGACUCACACUGGAGAGAAACCCUACAAAUGUAACCAGUGUGGAAAGUCCUUCAUUCGAAGCACUCAGCUUAUAAGGCAUCUGCGAAUUCAUACUGGAGAGAAGCCGUAUAAAUGCGAUCAGUGUGGAAAAGCCUUCACUGGGAGUUCUCACCUUGCUGAGCAUCAGAGAACUCAUACUGGAGAGAAACCCUUUGAAUGCUUUCAGUGUGGGAAAACUUUCACAGGGAGCUCUCACCUCCUUUCCCAUCAGAGAAUUCACUCUGGGGAGAAGCCAUACAAAUGUAAAGACUGUGGGAAAUCCUUUAGGCAGAGAUCUCAGCUUGUCGUGCAUCAGCGAACCCAUACUGGAGAGAAACCUUACGAAUGCAGUCAUUGCGGAAAAGCUUUCAGCCAGAGGUCCCCCCUCAUUGUGCAUCAGAGAACACACAUUGGAGAGAAACCGUAUCAGUGUAGUGUGUGUGUGAAAGCCUUCAGUCAGAGAUCACGCCUUAUCGAACACCAGAGGACACAUACUGGAGAAAAGCCCUAUGAGUGCAUCGACUGCGGGAAAGCCUUCAAUGACCGGUCAACCCUUACUAAACAUGAGAGAACGCACACUGGAGAGAAACCCUAUGAAUGUAGCCAUUGUGAAAAGGCCUUUAGCCAGCGGUGUCAACUUACAAGACAUCAGAGAAUUCAUACUGGGGAGAAACCUUAUAAAUGUAAUGAAUGUGGGAAAGCUUUCAGUUAUAACACAUCCCUUAUUCAACAUGAGAAAACUCAUAGGAGAAAAACCCAAUGAAUAAUCAAUGUGGGAAAGCCCCUUACCAGACCUCGUUUAGUAUACAGCAGAUGACCAAGUUGUGCCUCAGAGUGUGGUCUAUUGACCACUUGUGUCAGAAUUCCCUGGAGUGUGUGUUGAAACUGCACAUUACCAGGCUUACCCCAUUCUACUAAAUCAGAAUUUUUAGUAGCAAGACCUGGGAACCUAUGAUUUCCAAAAGUGUGUGCUGUGUUUGGGGGCCUCACGUGGAGUCGAGGGUCCCCAAGGGUGAUGAAGUCCCUAGAGUUUGAGAACACCAGUGAUGAGUCUGGAGGCACAGUUGUUGAGGCUGGAGCAGUUUAUUAAGUGGCACACUUGCAAAGUUACAAGUGAUAGUGCCGAUAAUCGGGCAGUCUACAUUCAGGGUCAUGCAACUAGCUAACCAAGAGGCUGUCCGUCCAAGGACAGGUCCUAACUGAGUUGGUCUCUGGGAUUAAGUUUUAUACCUCAGUAGAGCUCAGGUGCUAGUUUCAUAUCUCUGUGCUCUAAGCUAUACUUAGAAGGGUAAGCAUUAUUCUUAACUAAACCUGAAAGUUUUAUCUGUGCUGAGAUGUCCUACCCUUGGGUUGUCAGGGUAAGUUGAUUGGGGUCUACUUAACUGGUGUCAUGUUCCUCCAAGGACACAUAGUGAAAAGGCCUUCGAGAUGCUCUAUGAUUUGUUGGCUGCUUAACUACUUCAGCCAUCGUGUAUGUCCUAAGAGGAAACUCUACUCGCUGUGUCUGGGUGGUACUAGUAAGAGCAGGUGGCAAAAACGGCCUUGCAAGCUGCUUGUCAUUCUCCUAGCCAUAUGUAUCAUCUGAUGGCCAUCAUUAAAAGCUCCCAUCAGACAUAGCAUCCCAAGUGAUUCAUUUGCACACUAAAGUGGCUCUACCAGUGCAUUUAGCUAAGAACUAUGAGUAUGACUACAAUGAAAAACCUUUGGUUAGAGCUCCUAACUGAGUAGGAGUUAGGAUAUCAGAAUGGAGCUGUACUCCUCAGAAAUUUUCUUUUUUUUGUUUAGUGUAAAACAACUAUUCAUAUUUAAUCAGAUAUUGUCUUUAUAACACAUUCUUGGGAAUGAUGGGAGACUGGAGGAUAGACUUGAUACAGAAGUCUGAAUGCUUAAUCUAAGAGGAAACUACUACAUGAGAAAGUUGGUGUUGACUGGUGAAAUGUGAUACCAAUCAUCCUCAGUGUAAACUAGCAAGUAACAAAUUGAAGAGGAGGUUGGGAAGUCUUCCAGAAUGGUUUUAUUAUUAGAAUAAAAAGUAGACUUUAACUAAAUUUCAGAGAUUCCAUGUGCUCUGACUUACAUUUGUUCCUCAGUUAGGCUGACUUUAAUCAUGAGAACUGGCUGCAUAGCAAUAUGAAAAAUGCUUAUUAGAUGAAGUAAAAACAGGACCAAAUACAGUAGGUACACAAAAACAUUACAACCAUAUAAAAACAUGUACACAGAAUGGUUGGUGUCUUAGUCAUCUGUGCUACUAUAACAAAAAUACCACAAGCGGAUGCUUUAACAGACAGAGAUUUAUUCUUUCACAGUCUAGGAGGCUAGAAGUCUGAAUUCAGGGUGCCUCCUCCAGGGGAAGUCUUUCUGUCUCUGUCGGCUCUUGGGGAAGUUCCUUGUCAUCAGUCUUUCCCUGAUCUAGGAGCUUCUCAGCACAGGACCCCAGGUCCAAAGGACAGGCUCACUCCCGGCUCUUGUUUUCUUGGUGGUAUGAGGUUCCCCUGUCUGUCUGCUCGCUUCUCUUUUAUAUCUCAAAACAGACUGACUCAAGACACAACCUAAUCUUGUAGAUUGAGUCUUGCCUCAUUAACAUAACUGCCUCUAAUCCUGCCGCAUUAACAUCAUAGAGGCAGAAUUUACAACACAGGAAAAUCACAUCAGAUGACAAAAUGGUGGACAAUCACACAAUACUGAGAAUCAUGGCCUAGCCAAGUUGAAACACAUUUUGGGGGGACACAAUUCAUAAGAGUUGGUUAAGAAGGUCAGCUUAGCGUGUUCACCAAAAGGGGGAAAUGCAAACUGACAUCAAGAGAUUGCUGCAAGUUUGAGCAGUGUGAGAGUCGUUGAGAGAGCAUCACCUGAAGAUGGAGAGUGGGGAAGACCAAAGUUGGGAACGUGUGCAGAGAGGGCUGCAACAGUGGAGAUGCUGGUCCCCUGGUUUCUGUUCAUGAAACUCUGAGUGCACCCCCCCCACCCCUUUUUUUCUUGUCUGACAUGUAUCUGGCUGUGGGUAAGCAAAAAAAAAAAAAAAGUUGAGGGAGGGGUUACGUGCUUUGAAAAAAAAUGAAUUCAUCUUAGACUGGGGUAUUAGGGAAUCUGUGUAAGUAUUUUGCAGCAGAGCAAAAGCUGCCUCGAUCUGCAUAUCAAGGGCCUUCAUCCUAGCAACUGGUUCUUGCCCUCUUCAACCUGAAGCUAAGUGUGUCAUUAAGCCAGCCCUGGCCCAUCUGUGGAGCUUCCCUUUAGCUUUGUGAUAGCCUCUUUUUCAAUAUGGAUGUGUGCUAAGGAGCAAAGGAUGAAGAAAAUUUCCAACAUGAAAGAGUCUAACAAAAACUGACCCCAAAGAAAUACAUUGGAGGGAACCGAAUAUUUAAAAUGCUAAAUUAUCCUAAGAAAGAGUCCAGAAAAGACUGCAAAUGUAAAAUAAGACCACAGUGUUUGGAAUUGAAAGCAAGAUUGUUGGACAAGAAAGUAUCAGAAGUAUAAAGUAAAAUUUCUCAGAACGUAAGAGCAAAAGACAAAAAUAUAUGUAUCAAAGGUAAGGGAAUCCAGUAACGAGUUGCAUAAAGAAGUUCCAUAAAAAAAUUUAUCAAAGUUAUGUAAGAAAUUUUCCCAGAACUAAAAGAAGAAAUGCUAUUUAGAUCAUGCCAAGUACUGUCCAAGAAGAAUAAGACCCCUGCAGCAUGAAAAUUGAGAACCCCCUGAUUAAAAAGAGGUCCCAGAAUCUUUCAGAGAAAAAAUUUUAAAACUAAGAAAGGAUUAUGGCUUUUUUUUAAAUGGACUAUUUCUUCUCCCAGUUUUUUUUUAAAAAGGUAAUCAGAGACUUAGGUAACCAAAUUGUUCAAGAAAAUGUACAGAUUAUACAAGAGUUUAGGCCAAACUUUAGAGAGUAAAGUACUCGUUUGACCCUAAUGCUAAUAAUUCUUUCUAGAGGAGGAAGAGGGCUUAGGAAAUUGGAAUACAAGAUGAGGAAUCAGAUUAUGUUGACCGCCCCUUCCAUGAACAAUAUUUGCAUAGGUAUGAUAUAAACAGUGUAUACUGGUUUUUAAUUAUGAGGAAGAAAACCAUAGAUGUGACACACAGACUUCCUAACAGCAAUAGAUUAGAGUGCCAGUGUUCUUAGUCUUGUCACUAACAAUAAUGGCAAAGCCUGCAGAUGUUGGAAAGUGUAAGGGAAAAGAGAGGUAGGGGUAGAGGAGGAUGCUUUUAUCCUCAUCUUAGGAAGUAGGCUUUAAAAAAAAAAUACAUAAAGUUACUUAAAGCCACUGCCAUUGAGUCGAUGCCGACUCAUAGUGACCUUAUAGGAUAGAGUAGAACUACUCCAUAUGGUCUGCUGCUUUACGGAAGCAGACAGUUACAUCUCUUGAGUAGCAGAUGGUGGAUUCAAAUCACAACCUGUCAGUUAGCAACCAAGUGCUUAACCAUUGUACCACCAGAGCUCCUUAUGGUUACUUGGGAGACCAAAACUAGAGCUCAAAACAGUGACCAAAAAUUAGAAGUCAGUGGAGGGGUAGCAGUGUGAGUCAAAUCAUCACCUAAUCACAGGAGGGCAGUACAAUCUAAAGACAAUGGAAGAUCAGAGAUACAAAGGUAACCUUGAGGAAGAAAUGGAACAGAAAUUAUUCAAAGUGGCUGGCAGGAUGUUAACUGUGGGAUAUGGUGGGGAGGGAGAUGAUUGUUUUCCGUUUUACCUUCUGUAGCAUUCCCUGGUCGUACACUUCUUAUUUGUAUAACUCUAAAAGCCCUUCAAAUGUGUUCUUAAAGGUGAGAAAAACAACAGCACCUGCCCUCAGUUGGUUUGUGAGAUCAUGUGUGAUUUUUGUUCUCUACUUUUUAUUCACUGUCACUGUUACAGUAAUUUGACAAUUAAAAAAAGCAAGAGCAAAAAGAAAACCAGGGUGUCAGAUUCUUAUUUGGUCAGUUACUGUUUACUGGGGCAGUAGGACAAGAAAGCUUCUUAGUUUCUGGGAAUACCCUGGGCCUAAAGAGCAUGAUUCAGUCCUUUUCUUUAAGACUGGUUUUCCCAGGAGCCUUAUCACCAGGAAGUCAGUGGGUCCCAGGGAGUAAGAGCCUGGGGACACAGGGCGGAGUUUUUGUGAAAGCUUGGCCACCACUGCACAAAGCAGAAGGCACAUAUGUGGUUUUUUUUUUUUUUUAUCACAACAAAGUACUAAAGGUAUUUACCCAAAGGCACCUUUGUGGUCACCUGAUACCUUUUCAUAAUACCCUUUGUAACCCUUAACAAUUUACAAGAGACCUGAGGUUAAGAGAAGGGAAAUGCCUUGCUUGGAGCAGCCUGGCCAGAACUGAUGGGAAAACUGUUUCAGAUGUUUAGUCCUGCUUCUGGGACCAGUAUCCUUGUGUAGCUUUCAGAAGAGGCAGGAGCCUGGAAGGAAGGACCUGCCAACAGGUCCAACAAGGGUCAGAACGUUGCUUAAUGAUUCUUAUUGCCCAGACUGGUUCUCUAGAGAUGUUUCCAUUCAGCAAGUCUUGAAAGUAGCGUGGUUGAAAGAAGAUACUGCUAGAGACUCUGAGGGAAGAUGUGUGUGAUGCCACAGUGCUCUCAAGUCCCUUUUUCCAAAAUGGGAAUUCCACAAGGGAGGAGUGGUUGAUAUCUUCCUGGAGACUACUGCAGAGUGGGGAUCCCAUGCAAAAGGGACAUGUCCAAGGAAUGGUAAGGACAGAAGUUACCAUUUAUGAAAUUAGUGACAUCAGGUGAUACUUUGGUUGAUUUUCUACACUUUUUGUAAAUCAAGAACCUCAGAUUCAUAUGAACCCCAAAAGUGGACUCAUUAGAAAUAGCAACAUGAGACUUUUUUGCCCUAAAUGACUGUUAGAGCCACAGGCCAGGGGUUCCAAAAUGGAAUGUGCAUUAGAACCACCAAAGAGGAAGUAUUAGAACUGUAGUUUCCUGGGCCCACCUUCAGAGAACUUGCUUGAUCCUAAGGUUUAUAUCUAAUUGUUCAAGUUGCUGUUGUCAAUUUGAUCCCAUAUAGAUAGAUCUUAGAAGAGCAUAAUGUCUGCAGGAACACAUUUACUAGCUAAGCUAAACUACUCUUUGGUUUUAAGAAGACUUCAGGGGAUAUUUUUGGUUUAAGGUUAAACAUUUUUGAUACAACUAGUAGUAGAACUGUUGGAGGCUCCCAAGGCCACUCUCACACCUGAAGAUUUACUAGAAGAACUGGUACUCAGCAUAUAAUUGUAGUCUCAGCUAAGAUUUAUGACAGCAGUGUAUUUAGGAUGCACAGCGGGGUCUUAAAGGACACAUAUGAGUCUGAAGGAAUCCACGUGAAUGCUUCAUUAUGCACCUCCCCUCCUGAGAGAGGUCACAAAGAACGCUGUCUUCCCCCAACAACAAAACAUGUAUGCAAUGUUUGUGCCCAGGGAAGCUCAUUACAGACUCAGCACCCAGGGUUUUUAUUGGGAGCUGGUCAGGUAGGCACCAAGCUCUGCCUAGCAUGGACCAAAAUUCCAGACUCCCAGAAGGAAAGCAGGUGUUUGAUGUAAAUCACAUUGUUUGCACAAAUUGUCUAGCCCAUCCUUAUCAGUUGGGGAACAGAUGAAAUACUUCACAAGCCAAGUUCCCAGACACCAGCCCAUGGCCAACUCUGCAAACAGGCCCUUGUAAAAUGGUACCCUUAGGCCUGCUAUGUUAACUGUUUUUGUCACAAGAUUCCAUACCUCUUCAAACAUGAAUACAGUUAGCAGCAGUAUUCACUGUACCGGCUAAAUUAAGCUAUUUAAACUGAAGCUCCUUUGCUCACAAAAUGGGUAAAUCACACGGUUCAUAUCUUUCCUGCUUGAAAUUGCUGUUUUAGGAACAUAUCAUUUCACUGCACUCCUUGCCGUGUUUCCAUCUUGUGGACUUGAAUUCCAUUUGCAGUGCUCCAUAGUUCAAAUGCUACCAUGUCUUGAUAAAAGAAAAAAAAAUGGCACUGCAUUUUUAAAAAUCCCAUCUUCUUGGGUACCAUUAACUCGAUUUCGACUCAUAGCGACCUCAUUAUGUUACAGAGUAGAACUUCCCCAUAAGGUUUUCUUGAGUGUAAUCUUCACAGAACCAGUUUGCCCCAUGGAUUCCCUGGGUGGGUUCAAACUGCCAACCUUUUGGUUAGCAGACAAGCUCUUAAACAUUUUGCCACCAGGGCUCCUUUAAGAUCCCAUAAACAUUCUGAAAACAAUGAGAAUUUAUAUAUUAAACAUUCUUAAUAAGGUCCAUGUCAUGUUUACCAGCUGGAACUUUUACUUAAUAUAUGGGCAUCUUGCAUCAUGAUGCUUAAUGAAGACAUUGUUGUGAGCAUAGUGUUGGUUUAAAACAAUGACUUCUUUCUCACCAUUCUAUGAGUUGACUGAGCUCAGCUGCCUGGUUUUUGCUUGGAGUCACUCAUAUGAUUUUACUUAGUGGCAGCUGGGGCUAGCAUCAUCUGAAGGCUUGAUGGACAGCCAAGAUGGCACAUUCACAUGACUGGCAGUUGAUGGUGGCUAUGGGCUGGAAGGUCAACUGGGAUUAUCAAUACUGUUACUGAACUACCCUAUGGGGCAGUUCUAUUCUGUAACAUAUGAGGUCGCUAUGAGUUGGAAUCGACUCAGUGGUACCCAACAACAUGGGAUUUUUAGAAAUG